UUUAAGACAACCUACUUUGGCGUGUAUGUGCUUGUUAUGGCGGCAGACUGGUUGCAGGGACCAUAUAUGUAUACUCUAUACAAAGACGAAAAGGGCCUGAGCGAAUCCAGGACAGCAGCUCUGUUCACCACAGGCUUCAUAGCUGCUGCCGUGACAGCAUCUUUCGUCGGCUCUCUCGCAGAUAAACAUGGCCGCAGACUAGCUUGUCUUACAUUUUGUGUAGCAUACUCGCUCUCUUGUCUCUCAGUUCUGAGCAGCGAUUUGCUGAUGCUAUUCAUCGGUCGAGCAUUGGGAGGUCUGAGCACCACUCUUCUAUACUCUGUUUUCGAGACAUGGAUGAUUGCGGAAUAUCAUGCUCGUGGCUUGAGUGACAGUCUAAAGCUUGGUGACAUGUUCAGCUCGAGUGUGACGCUGAGUGGCGUUGUGGCUAUUUUGGCCGGCAUUGUUGGCGAGGCUGUUGUUGGCUGGAGUGGAACCAAGAUUGCACCUUUCAUGUUGGCAAUCUUGUGUCUGGGCACUGCAAGCGCCGGCAUCUGGAACUUCUGGGGCGAGAAUUAUGGUGAUGCUGUCGCAGCUGAUCCGGAAAAGCCUUCUGCAGCUGGCUUCGCGGGACUCCAGAACACAAUACUGGACAAGCGCAUCCUGACCCUUGCAAUGGCGACCACUGUCUUUGAAGGCUCGAUGUACCUCUUCGUCUUCUUCUGGUCUCCAGCCUUGAAGUCCUCAAGAGCCUUGUCGGGUGUCGCUGAGUUGCCUCCAUUUGGACUCAUAUUCUCCUGCUUCAUGUCAGCCAUGAUGAUGGGAUCCAUGAUUUUCUCUUCGAUCGAGCUUCGCAGCGGUCGAGAUACUGGCCGACUCUUGUUGAGCAUCCUUGCGUUGGCAGCUAUAAGUCUCCUGCUGCCGGUGCUAGCAACGGCAGAAGCGCUGGCAUUCUGGUGCUUCUCGCUGUUCGAAGCUUGCGUUGGUCUUUACUUUCCAACCAUGUCAAGACUGAAGAGCGAGCUUGUGGAGGAUGCAGUGCGUGGUAAAGUGUACGGCAUGAUGCGCUUGCCGUUGAAUGUGUUCGUAGUUCUUGCUUUA